AUCGAUCGCACUUGUGUCUUGUUGUCUGUAUAUUUUAUCAUAUUUUUUUUGUAUGUGCUUACAGUUUUCUCGUGAAAUCAUAAAAAUUGAACAUGCGCGUUGUAGUUUUAUGGGCAACAUGAAAAUUGUUCCCUACCUAUUUGAGCUUGAGGAUUUUUAAUUCAAUAUUAAUUAUUAAAAUGAAUAAUAAGAUUAAUAAGAAUCAUAUGAAAGAGGAUUUUGCCAAAAUCAAGCCAAUAUGCGAUAUGGUGAUGAUAAAUCCCACUACGGAUAGUAUUUUAACAUUUUCAUCGGCAGUAUGUGAACUCAAAAAGGAAAAUCUACAAGAAAUGCAACAGUACAUGCUGUUUCCAAUCAUAACUCACUUACAAUCUAAGGAAAUUGAAGGGAGAUAUGAAUUUCAAAGACUAUUGGUGAAUGCCAUGAAGGAGGUGCUGUCGAGGACUAUGAUCUUUAGCUAUGACAUGUGCAUCCGCAUUGAGAUGAACCUCGCUAAAAUGGCCUUUGAUAAGAAUAAGCCAGGAAUGAUUGCUGAAAUACCAGAGGAGCUAAAACUGGCUGUAAUGCAAUGUCUAGUCGCACUAAUGUUGAACCUUGAAACUUCUCUACGAUUGAAAGUGAUUGAGAGUCACUCACCGCUGCUGGCACAGGCUGUGUUUGUUUCUGUACAUAUGGCUAAAUUGGAAAAGUUAAGAGCAUUGAAGCUAACAGCGCUCGAAAGCCUCAUGGCGCACACGUGCACGCACGAAAAGCUAACCGACAGCAACUAUAUGAUAAGCGACCCAGCUCUGGAGAAGGCGGUGGUGCACAUGCUGUGCUGCAUCCUGCCGGGCGUGCUGGCCACGCUGCAGGACGUCGCCAUGUGCUCCAACAACCCGGGGCAAGCUGUGGUCACGAUGGCCCUAAACGCGACUCACCGUAUCGUAUGCAUGGCAAUGAACGACAAACACUUAAAAGGCAAAGACUCAGUCACCGUCGCUGACUUCCUGAAAGCGAUUGAGCAAAAAGAUAAAGAGCAAUAUGUAAGCAAGGCCAAAUCAUGUGACCUUCCAAAACUGAGCGUAGAAUGGUAUAACAUGGCUGGUGAGAAACUUGAAGCUGUUAUACGAAGUCUGAUUCGGCUUGUGACGCAUGAACACUUCAAUGUGAGGAAAGAACUAGCCGUACUGUGCUAUAGAAUCGUCUCGGAGUGCAAUAACACGAUGCAGCCUUCAAUAGCGAUGUGCUUGGACAUCCUGAUCUCGCUAUCCAGCGACCCGUACCCCAGCGUAGCGGAGUACUGUUUAGCGGUGCGCGGUGCAUACUUCCGCAGUGCGUCGCCGGAACGCGCGUUAAGUGCUAUGGACGGACUUGCGAAGAAUUUGAACAUGGUGCUUGCGUCGCUGCCCCGCGUGCUCAAUAAUAUCGACUCGGCGCGCAAGAUGUCGACGCUGUCCCUGCUGCAGGGCUACGUGGCGGUGCUGUGCGACGCGCGGCGGCCGCAGCGGCUGGGCACGCUGCUGGCCGCGGACGCGGGCCUCGCGCGCCUCGCCCUCGCGCUCGCCGCCGCCGCCGCGCUGCGCCACGACCUCGCGCUGCUGCACCCCCACGCCGCUAGAGGUACACACGACCUCGCGCUGCUGCACCCCCACGCCGCUAGAGGUACACACGACCUCGCGCUGCUGCACCCCCACGCCGCUAGAGGUACACACGACCUCGCGCUGCUGCACCCCCACGCCGCUAGAGGUACACACGACCUCGCGCUGCUGCACCCCCACGCCGCUAGAGGUACACACGACCUCGCGCUGCUGCACCCCCACGCCGCUAGAGGUACACACGACCUCGCGCUGCUGCACCCCCACGCCGCUAGAGGUACACACGACCUCGCGCUGCUGCACCCCCACGCCGCUAGAGACAUAACAGUGGACCCCCCACUGAACUCCCCCUGGUGCAAAUUCCGACACCUCGACAGUCCAGACUGCGAGAAGCGGUUCCGUGACGUGCUUGUGUCGCUCGGGGAAGCGGAUUGCGCUCAGUUGAUAUUGGAUACUCUGCUGGAGAUGUUCCGAGAGAGAAGAACAGCUGAAUUGGUAUAUCUGAUGAACUGGAUUGCUGUUGGUCCAAAAUCAACACCAUGCCUAGCACAGCGUCUAAUCGACGUAUACAUAGAAGAAGAAGUAUGGUCCCUUCCAUUAGAAGUGGGAACUAACGAAACGCCGCUCACUGAAGAGGACACGCUUGAUGUUGAUGUGUAUAACCCGAGAGCUUGGGUUAAGGAUAGUGUUCCAGGUCUCUUCGAAGGCGCAACAGAAGUCCGUUACACGGACAUAAGCUACCAAACGCCGCGGGUCAAAGAGUCGAAUCCCAACGCGUGUAAAACAUUACGUGAAGCGGAACACAAUAUGGCGUUGUGCUGUCUCCUCACUGAGGGUGUAGGAAUGAUGGCCAGGAGACUCCAGGGGGACUUCCAGCCGUACCUGCUGAAGACGCUGUGCCUGGUGCUCGAGAGGGUCGGUAGUAGAUACGAAGUUCUACACCUUGCUGGUGUGAAAGCGAUCAAUGAUAUUAAGAGCGCGGGUUCACAUAGUACUGUGGGUGAGCUGAUUGCACGCAACGCGGAUUACUUCACGCACCAACUCACGCGCAGGCUUAAGAAGGCGUGGAACACACAGUCCGCGCUGGAGAUCCUGUCGGUGGUGAUGGAGUACAGCGACGCUACUAUAUUAGAGUAUCUGUACGGAAUUGUGGAAGAUGUUCUAGUCCAAAGCUGUGAUAAAUAUUAUCAAAAGAACCUUUACUCGUAUUUACAAGUAUUUCACACAUUCGUCAAGUGUAUACACAAAUGGUUCCCAUCGCAAAAAACAGAAACUGAGUCAAAUACAAAUGUCGAGAUAGACGUUUUAAAAGAUGUAUAUGAAUAUAUAAAGAAUGAGAAAGAGUCAGAGAGGCUUAUGAGUGAGAGUGAGAAAGAAGAUAAAAGCGUAGAGGAGAUGUAUAAAGAAGAUCUGCAGAAGAAAGAAGAUGGCGUCCUCGAUUAUGAUGAUACGGUGACGCAGGAAACACCACCCCUCCCUCGACACGUAGAAGUCGCGAAAACAAUACUAAAGCGCUGCAUCAACUUCAUACCAACAAAGAAGCGAGAUGACGCCAUUCUAGCCAUACAAGUGAUCCACGUGGGCUUGCCCGUGCUAAAGGACUAUGAAGACGAGUUACUACCUCUAGUGCAUUUGACCUGGGGACCUUUAGUAACCAAGUUUGAAGACACGGAUACUGCGGUUAUGAGAAGCGCUCUAGAGCUUCUGGUGACACUCGCUGAACUUUCUGAGGAUUUUAUCAGGCAGCGGACUGUUAAGGAGGUCCUGCCGCGCAUAUACUCCCAGCUCUCCCGGCUUUCCAACGAGAGCCACCUCAAGGACAGCGGCUCCGUAUAUCGCACAUCACCGUCAUUCAAGUUGCAACUAACCGCGCUAGAAGCCAUGACACCACUAGCAACUCGGCUGAAACUGGGAUAUGAAGAAUUGGGAGAUGCUAUGGAUGCGGUGCGAGUGUAUCUGUCGAGGAAACAGCCGAGACCUUUACAGUUGCUAGCUGUCCAGUUCUUCAAGACGAUGUUAUCUCACGACUACGGCUGUGUAUGGCUUCACCUGCGCCGGUUCUGCGCAAACAGUGCUAUUUCCAAACCGACCGCACACACACUGUGCAAACUAGCGCCCGUAGUGGGGACGCCGCAUGAAACUAGUAAUAAGGAUUAUGAUAAAAAUAUUAAGGCGAUAUUUGACAUGAAAUAAACGAUUGGUGUCUA